CCUACCUUGUCAGGUUUGGAGAAAGAUUACAAGAGAUUCUGACUCUGAGGAAAGUUCACAGUCAGCUGUCAAAACUUCUUAACAUUAAUGAGCAAAAAGACUUAAAUAUGGAUAAUUCCUUCAAAGGUUUUGAGAAAGUUAAUCCCCUUCAGUACAAUCCAUACACUGACAUUCUUUGGAAGACAGCUGUUGCACAGCAUGAACGAGAACUAGCAACAGCUGAACACAGAGUUGCUGAAAAACUUAGAUCUCAUCUUCACACCAUCCAAAACAAUGCACUUCAGCUUAUGCAGGAAUUCAAAAGAUAUGAAGAGCUUGUGAAACGUCCAAGUAUAAAAAAUGAGCUGACCCCUGAAAGGUAACUAUGUUCAAGUAUAAAAAAUGAGCUGACCCCUGAAAGGUAACUAUGUCCAAGUAUAAAAAAUGAACUGACCCCUGAAAGGUAACUAUGUUCAAGUAUAAAAAAUGAACUGACCCCUGAAAGGUAACUAUGUUCAAGUAUAAAAAAUGAACUGACCCCUGAAAGGUAACUAUGUUCAAGUAUAAAAAAUGAACUGACCCCUGAAAGGU